AUGCAGGACAAUACGGCAAAGUCAGCAGACCCAGCUGUUACGCCGUCCUCACAAGGACAAACUCAAGAAGAUCAUAGAGACAACACCAGCUCACAUCAUAAGGGCAAAUCGGCACUUGCACCCACGUUGACGAUAUUUAUCGUCAUUGCACUCAUAGCUGUUGCCUGCUUGUAUUGGACACGCAGGAGAAAAAGAUUCAUAAAGGAAGAAAAUGAAAGACUUGAAGUAGAGACUAUCAAUUCUAAUGAGAAAGAUGAAAAGGAUUUGAUGUUUGAGAGAAUGGAGAGUCCACCACCAAUUUAUACUAGAAGCAGCAGCUUGGUACCUUCAACCAGAAAUUCCGGUUACGAUCAAGAAUUUACGAAUUAUGCAUUGACUGCACCAACGGUUCAGUUUGCACAGACCCAAAUACCAUCUCGGAAUACGUCUGUGUCCAAUUUGUCAGUUUCACAUACCGGGAGGGAUAGCAUUCGCUCCGAUGGCCUCGCAUCAUCACACCAUUCAAGCGUGAUGAUCCCACCGAAAACGUACACGCCAUUCGAAGAUACGUUUGUAAGACACUAA